UUCAAACCUGAAUAGAAUGUAAUUUGGUUGUUUUUUUGUUUCCCUUAAACUGGAAUGUUUUUAUGUUGUAGGAUAUCGAAAAUGGUGAAGAUCUGUUGCCUUGGAGCUGGAUAUGUUGGUGGGCCUACCAUGGCUGUCAUUGCACUGAAAUGCCCAGAGAUUGAAGUGGCUGUUGUAGACAUUUCUGUGGCAAGAAUUAAUGCCUGGAAUAGUGAUGCACUCCCCAUCUACGAACCGGGUCUUGACGAGGUGGUGAAGCAGUGCAGAGGAAAGAACCUUUUCUUUAGCACUGAUGUGGAGAAGCAUGUUGCCGAGGCUGACAUAGUGUUUGUUUCGGUUAACACCCCAACCAAAACUCAAGGUCUUGGAGCUGGGAAAGCGGCUGAUUUGACCUACUGGGAGAGUGCUGCUCGUAUGAUUGCUGAUGUAGCGAAAUCUAGCAAGAUUGUGGUUGAGAAGUCAACUGUCCCUGUUAAAACAGCUGAGGCAAUAGAGAAAAUUUUGACCCACAACAGCAAAGGCAUCGACUUUCAGAUUCUCUCCAACCCUGAAUUCCUUGCUGAGGGAACUGCAAUUCAGGACCUAUUCAAUCCUGACCGUGUACUUAUAGGAGGCAGGGAGACCCCGGAAGGUCAAAAGGCAAUUAAAGUAUUAAGGGAUGUUUAUGCCCACUGGGUCCCAGUGGACCGGAUCAUAUGCACCAACCUCUGGUCUGCUGAGCUGUCGAAGCUUGCUGCCAAUGCCUUCUUGGCACAGAGAAUCUCUUCUGUCAAUGCUAUGUCAGAAUUGUGUGAGGCGACUGGUGCUGAUGUGAGCCAAGUGUCUCAUGCUAUUGGGAAGGAUACAAGAAUAGGACCCAAGUUCUUGAAUGCUAGUGUCGGUUUUGGUGGAUCAUGUUUCCAAAAGGAUAUUCUGAACUUGGUCUAUAUCUGUGAGUGCAAUGGCCUCCCAGAGGUAGCCAAUUACUGGAAACAAGUCGUUAAGGUGAAUGACUAUCAGAAAACUCGUUUUGUGAACCGGAUUGUUUCCUCAAUGUUUAAUACAGUUUCAGGGAAGAAGAUUGCCAUUCUCGGAUUUGCUUUCAAGAAGGACACUGGUGACACUAGGGAGACCCCAGCGAUCGACGUAUGCAAAGGGCUGUUGGGUGACAAGGCUAGUCUGAGCAUAUACGACCCUCAAGUCAAUGAAGAGCAGAUUCAGAGGGAUCUUUCAAUGAAGAAGUUCGACUGGGACCAUCCAGUUGAACUUCAGCCAAUGAGCCCUAUUUCUAUCAAGCAAGUUAGUGUUGUUUGCGACGCCUAUGCAGCCACAAAGGAUGCUCACGGGGUCUGCAUUCUGACAGAGUGGGAUGAGUUUAAAACCCUUGAUUACCAAAGGAUUUAUGAUAACAUGCAAAAGCCUGCAUACGUAUUCGAUGGCCGGAACAUUGUGGACGUAGCUAAACUGCGGAAAAUUGGGUUUGUUGUCUACUCCAUUGGCAAGCCAUUGGAUUCAUGGUUUAAGGCUAUGCCAGCUGUGGCAUAGAGCGUAUUCCGCAGCUACUUGUGCAGGGUCGUGCUAGAACCGAUAAUCUUGAGAUAUAUUGUUUUCCAAUUACAUUUUAUUUCUUCUAGCUUUAAGAUUAUUUUAUUUCUACUUGACACAGUAGCGUCUGGAUCUCUGUCUUUAGAUUUGUUAUUGGCUUUAAUGUAAUAAAACCUUUACCGGUCAUCUGAUGCAUGAA